AUGUCUCCUGCAAAAUCAGCAAACAAGGCAAGAGGGAGGAAACAAAAAGUCGAGGAAAGUAAGAAGGAAAAGGAAGAACCAAUCAAAACCAGAAAAGGGAGAAAGGCGGGAUCUGAUAUUCUCCCUAACACCAAUGAGAUUGGCACAGGAAAAAAGAACGACAAAGGUAGUGAGGUACAAGGCAAAAAAAGAAAUAUAUUCAGUAAAGGGAAGUCCAAAAAAGAUAAGGUGAAAAAUGUAAAGACGGACCAAGCUGAGAAGUCACAAGAUGAAGAAACUGAAUCACCUAAAAGAAGGAGAAAGGGGAGGCAACAAAAUGACAAACCGUUAACUGCUAAGGCUAUUAGUAAUGGAGUCACAAGCAAAGUAAGCAAAGGGAAAGAAUCGAAUCCUAUUUUAAAACCCUCUGCAGUCAAAAUAGCCAGCAAAACACAUGAAGUUCGCAUUAAAAGGCGUGGUCAUAGAACAGUGGACUCAGAGGAAGAUGAAUCUGAGAGUGAAAAAGAGAAAUCUGAACAUUCUGAGGAAAUGAGUGAAGAAGAGACAGAGGAAGAGUCCAAAUGUGUCGAGGAAAUUGCUGAGAUAGAAGCAAGUAAAGUGAGCAGUGAGGAAGAUGUAUCGGACACAGAUGUCAAAGUAAUGGAAGCGGUGAAUGUUGAAUCAAAGAAACAAUUGGAGGAAGGAGAGGAGGAGGCAAAUGAAGCCAUAAAAAGUGAAAUUACAGUAGAGUCUGAAGAGGAAUCCACCAGCAGUGAGGAGGAAGUAGAAUCUGAAGAGCAUUUCAGUGAUAAAGCUGAUGACAAGCAGGAGGAACCUACUCUUCCAUCCAAGAAGCCGCAACCACUCAAGCUGGCUUCAAACCUCCAAGGCCAGAAAGUCUUGCUGAAAACUAAGAUUCUAUGUAAAAAAGACCCUAUUACAGUGGAGAAGCCCAAUGAAAAGGCUCCAGCUUCAGAAGAAGCUGAGAUAAACAGGAUGGCAGUCAGUAAGACUGAUAUAGUGAAAGGGAAGUCCAAGAUCCUAAAAUUGGCAAGUAAAUCAAAGAUAGUCAACAAGAUAGAAUCGAUUCGGAAGGAAGAAGAAACAGUGAGUCCAUCAAAAGUUUCAAAAGGUUUGCUUAACAAACAGUCCCUGAUGUUGUUUACAAUGAAAGGCAAGGGCAAAGAUGAUAAAAAUAAAAAUGCAACCAAGGUAGACCAGUCAGUGGAUGAAAUGAAUGUAGAAACUACACAGAAACCAAAAACAGAAAAUGUAAGAUUGGGCUUAGGAAUGGCAAGGAUUGCCUCUCUAAGAUACCAGGCAAAGAAGAAGAAAAUGAAUGAACAAACAGCAACAGAAACACAUGAGACUGGAGAUGCAGUAUCCUCAAAGUCAACAGAACGUUUGAUAGCACAGAAGAAAGGAGUGGCUACCUUGCAUCGUGUCUCUGGCUGGAUACAAAAGAAGAUUCCCCGGAGGUCCAGUGUUCGGCGAAAACUCACUGCCGUCACGCAAGUGAUUGGAAUUUCAAGGUGGCUGCCUAGCCUGGUUUUGAAGAAGAAGAAUAGUCCCACAAAGUGCAAAAAGUCCCUCCUCUGCCAGAAGAUGGCCUUAAAAAUGGCUGGCAGUUCCAUAAAGACUAAUAAAAGAGUACCAAUCCCAGAAAAUACAAAGACAGAAUUGGGAACAGAUACACAGGAAAAGUUUUCUGAAGACCCAGGAGAAUCAUGUGAUGAAGCUUGUUCAUCACCGCAAGAUCCAGAAGAAAAGGCCAACUCAGGAGAUGCCAAAUAUGCAAUUGUAUUUCCUAGAAUGAACAAAAUUGGCAAAGGUGAAGACACUGCUGCUUCUGCUAGCACUAGCACAGGCGACGGCCUCGCUCCAGAGCGUAAACCUCCCAAACCUGGUGCUCGCCUGGUGCUUCCAGUGAAGCCAGAUCUUAACCUACUCAAAUCUGUUAAGAGGAGGAAUGCUACAAUUCAAGCUGAGAGAAACUCUGAAGAACAAGUGUUCGAAAGUAGAAAAGAAACAAAAAUUGACAAUACAAUACCAGCACUAGACAAUAAAGAUGAUGUCAGUGCCUUGCAAACAGCAAAAGGCAAAUUUGUGGGCUCACAGUUGAAUCUUACUAAACUAGCCUUGUCAAGGCCUGUUCUGGCAGGAAGCAGAAGAAUUGUGCAAAUAUUUGAUGGUGACCAGAGGGAUAAGAAUUUGGGCCAGGCAGUUCCAUCUGCCAAGGCUGAACCAUGGACAGAUGGUUUGGGGACAACAUUUUAUGAAGAGGAAGAAGAUAGAGAAGUGGCUGAACUGAUGGGUGAUGGCCUUCUCCCAUCAGCAAUAGAACUCCACUGGGCUCAGCAUCACCAAAUGUGUAGUGAUCCUCAGGACUGGCUGCGCAGUGAAAACCUGCCACCACAUCAAACCAGAGAGAAACUCACUAAGUGGACUGUCUAUGAAGAUGACGAACAUGCCCAAACGCUCCCUAUACGUGAUGGAAGAGGACCUUGGGUGUCAGAGGACCCAGCUCAGAAUAUGUUGGAGAGCAGGCUCAACAGCACACAGGUAUUCAUGCCAGGAAGCAGCCAAGCUGUGGAAGUAGAUGAAGUGGAGGACCUGUCACAACUUGAAGAGGUGUGUGAAAGUUCAGUGUUGCUGAAUUUGAAGAAGCGGUUUCACCGGGACUCAAUUUAUACAUAUAUCGGCGAUAUGCUGAUAUCAAUCAACCCCUUUAAGCCCCUCAGUAUCUACACAGCGGAAUUGAGACAGCAGUACCAAGGCAAGGAGAAGCACAGUAAUCCACCUCAUGUUUAUGCCAUUGCGGAUGCUGCAUUUUGCCAAUCUCAAAAUACCACACAAGAGCAAUGCAUCAUAAUAAGUGGGCAGAGUGGAUCUGGGAAGACUGAAGCAGCAAAACUUAUUGUUCACUACCUGAGCUCUAUGUAUCAGGGUAGAAAUGACAACCUGCGUCAGCCAAUGGAUGUUUUGCCCAUAUUAGAAAGCUUUGGUAAUGCCAAGACAAUACUCAACAACAAUUCUAGUCGUUUUGGCAAAUACCUACACGUACACAUAAGAAGUGGUGUUGUUGUCGGGACUUCAUUGUCAAAAUAUCUCCUAGAGAAAUCACGAAUUGUGUUCCAGGCCAAAGAGGAAAGGAACUAUCAUGUGUUUUAUGAGUUGUUGGCUGGAAUGAAUCAAUGGGACAAGCAGGAUUUCUACCUGCAGGGAGCCGAGACUUACUACUACCUCAACCAGGGCGGAGCCUGUGAGCUGCAAGGGAAGAAUGACCAGCAGGACUUCCUGCUUCUUCUACGAUGUUUGGAAACAAUUGGCUUACGUGCUGAUCAGAUAAGCACAAUUUGGGCCAUUCUGUCAUCCAUUUUACAGCUAGGCAACAUCUGCUUCAGCUCUUAUGAGAGUGAGUCGUUUGAGGUGGCAAGGAUCUUUAGUGAGGCUGAAGCUCGCAGAGUGGGUAACCUAUUACAGGUGUCAGCUGAAGCCCUGCAGACUGUUAUUACGCACAGAGUUACAGAAACCACUUAUGAUAGGAUCUACUGCCCCCUGUCUGUGGAGUGUGCCAUUGAAUCCAGGGAUGCCAUUGCCAAGGCCCUCUACGCUGUGCUCUUUGACUGGCUGCUUGAGCGCAUCAACGAGUGGUUAAUCCCCACAGAGAUGGACAGCACUGUUGGCAUCGUGGACAUUUAUGGUUUUGAGGACCUCGGUGUGAACAGCUUCGAGCAACUGUGCAUUAAUUUUGCCAAUGAGCAGAUCCAACAAUUUAUGAACAAAGCACUAGUGUCACAGGAAGAGGAGGAAUACAACUCUGAGCAGAUCCCAUGGUAUCCUGUGACCCUGCAGAAUUUCCAUCCCUGUCUUGAGCUCAUUUCCGCUCGGCCGUAUGGCAUCCUCCGCAUCCUGGAUGAUCAAACAUGUCUGCCUCAGGCUACAGACCACACCUUUCUGCAGAAAUGUCACUAUCACCAUGGCAACAGUCCCUACUAUGCCAAGCCCAAGAUUCCUUUGCCCGUCUUUACUGUGUAUCACUAUGCAGGAGCCGUUACCUACCAGGUUCACAACUUCCUGAAUAAAAACCACGACCAAUUUCGUGCAGAAGUAUUAGAGCUCUUUGCACGCAGUAGAUUACAGAUGGUGUCAGGUCUGUUCCGUAAGGUGCAAGAACACUACAUCCACCAGAAACAGCUGCGUGCCAGAGGGAGAGGAAACCGGCACCAGGCUUCAACUGUAGCUGCACACUUUCAGCAAUCACUCACCGAACUCAUCACACGGCUGGACAGGUGUAAAAAUACAUUUAUCCGAUGUUUUAAGCCGAACUACGUAAAGCUCCCUGGAAUAUUUGACGUGGAGUACAUCGCCACACAGUUGAAGCACGGAGGAAUCCUAGAGACAGUUCAAAUUAGAAAACAGGGAUUUCCUAUCCGUAUCCCAUUCAAGUGUUUCAUGGAGAGGUUUGGUGUGCUGUUAGCACAGCGGGCUGUAAACCUCUCUGAUAAAGAACUGGUCGUUUCCUUGCUGGAGUCCAUUGGUGCUGAGGACACGCAGUAUCAAUUAGGACUGACCAAGGUGUUUAUGAAGGAAUUAUUGUACCAGCAAGUGGAGCAGAAAUGGAGUAGCACUCAGACAUGGGCAGCCAUCAUUAUUCAGAGGAACAUCCGUGGCUUUAUCUGCAGACGCAACUUCCGUUUCUUCAAGCAGAAAGCCAUUAUACUCCAGUCCCACAUCAGAGGUCACCAGGCCAGGAAGUAUUAUAAGAGACUGAAGCACUCCUUUAACCAAUUCUGGGCAGCUCUUAUGAUUACUAGAAAUACAAUCAAGAGACGAAAGUGGAGGGAACUCAACAAGAGAACCAGAGCAAAGCAGGUGGUCAAAUCCCAGUCUACCUAUUCAGGGAUGGAUGUGGGAAUGCUGGAGAUCCCAGCUGAUCUAUCAGCUCGAUUGCGUAGUUCAACAGGGCGUCCACAGGGGUCAGGGGUCACAGAGGUAGCUCCACCACAGGUCAAAGCUGAGCACCGCCUCUCCCUGCCUCCUGAUAUCGACAGCUAUCCAUUCUCCCGAUACGCCAACACAGUUCUUAAGGAUGGAUGGUGCCAGGCUCAGGGUCAGGCCCUCCAGAGACCUCUCACCUCUCUGGAGCCGGGGGAUGCCCGCAUAGCUCUGGAGAUAUACAGACUGCUUCUCCGCUUCUGUGGAGACUCCGAGAUGACUGGAUGGCAGGAGCAGAUGUUGGGGAAUUACAUAGUGGAGAAAGGCCAAAGCAGACCUUCACUCAGGGAUGAAAUUCUGGCUCAGCUAGUCUAUCACACGUGGGGUUGUGAGGGUGAGGAGGGCUCACUGAGGGCCUGGUUUCUCCUAGCCUCCUGUCUCAGUGCCUUCACACCAUCUCCUUCACAGGAUAAACCUCUCCUCAAGUAUGUGUCCGACCAGGGUCCAGGAGAAUAUCGCUCUCUGUGUCAGCAUAAGCUUCUCACAUCUCUCCAGCUGCCAUCUCCUGCCUGUAGACAACACCCCCCUACUCAGCUCGAAUGGACUGCCAAUCAGAGAAAGGGGAAGAUGGUUGUGGAGGUCAACACCUUCAUUGAGGAGAAGCUAACAGCAGAAGUGGAGUCCUGGACCACAGGAGAACAACUGGCAUCCUGGCUCCUGAGCUUUAGAGGAGUGCCUGAGCUUCAGCGGGGCUGGACUGUGUCUCUGCUAGCUGAAGAGGGCUGGUCUGAUCUAAACGGCUGUGACUAUGUGAUGGAUCUUCUGGCUGGUGCUGAGAUCGAUGUUCCCUUGGGACAAACAUCUGCAUACCCUGAUUAUCUUUUCAGUGACAUGGGAGACAGGAUGAUGGCCUCGGAGUUGGAUGAGUUUAUCCCUCCUGCCCCCUCCAUGCAGGCUCCUGGCCUGCCUCCUUCUCAAGCUGCUCCAUGGGACACUUAUGGUCAGUAUAGCACAUCUCAGAGAGCCCGUGCACCUAAGUUGGAUUCCUAUGUUGAUGACCUUUUCGAUCCUGUGCUGGAUCAGGGACCUCCAGACUUUGAGCGAACGGCCAUGCUGAACCGCAGGAUGAGGGGAGGAGGAGGGAUGCUCCCUAGCAUGUAUAAUGGAUCAGGAGUUCCUAUGCCAAUGCCAGCUUAUAAUAUGGGAAUGCCCAUGAAUCCAGCCAUGCCAGCCUAUGGGGCCACACCAAUGAUGCCAAAUAUGAUGCCUGGAGUUGCCCAAAUGCCUAUGAUGCCACCUAUGCCAUUGGCACAAUCAGCUUUACCUACCAGCCCUACAGCCGUCAACCCCCAACAGCUGGCUGAACAGCAGCAAGCUUUCAUCAACCAGCAAGCGUUGCUCAUGGCCCAGCAGAUGACACUGCAGGCAAUGACACUGUCCCAACAGCAGCAGCAGGAGCAGCUGCAAAAACAACGCAAGCAACAGCAAAAGCAGCAGCAACAGCAGCAGCAACAGCAGCAACAAGAACACCCCCAACCUCAGAGUUCACAGAGCACCACCCCUCGAGAAGAGCCCACUCGCACCAUAGUGCAUAAACCCCACAAUCCACCUGUGCAGCAUAACAUCCCAGUGGUAGAGCAGCCUGCAAGAGAAGACAACUCUGCCACUGCACAGAAGCCAGAAUCAUUUCAGGAGAAGAGAGCUUUCUUCCAGAAGAUUGGAACUCAGGAACCCCGUUCAAAGCCCCCUCCGAGGGUCGCCAAACCACUUAUCUAUGCCGCCCCAUCAGCCCAGGCCAGAGCUCCUUCUCCAAUUAAGCUAGAAGUGAAACCACCUCCAGAACCCAGUAAACCACCAGAGUCACCAAAACCAGAGGACGAAUCCCCUCCACUGUCACCUUCUAAACCAGAACCCAGCAGUAACAUUCGAGACAUCAUCAGGCAGUACCAGAACCGGCCUCCUCCAGAGCCCAAGGUUUAUGAGCCUGUCAGGGUUCCUGCCAAGCACUUUGCAAAAAAGAAUGACCCUAAAGAGGAGGCACUGGCCAUUCUCAGAGCAAAAGGAGCAGCCUCUUCAGAGAAGCCACUAUUUUCUCCUCCUCCUCCUCCUCCGGCUCCUCCGGCUCCUCCAUCAAAGCUUGAAAAACCUGCUCCUCGCUCCAUCUCCAACAACAUGAAACAGAAGCAGCGCUCUCUAGCUGACCUCUUUGGUUCCCAGCGCUCUCAGGCCCCUCCCACUCCUCCUCCAGAACCUGCCCCUAUUCUUCCAAAUAACAUCCCUGACCCACCCCCCAUGGCUGCACCUGGACUAAGUGAAAUGGGCAAUGAGGAGAGUGUUCGCUCCCAGCUGCACAGAUUUUCUGCUAGUGUCUACUUCUCCUUCACACAUAUGACUCGGAAGCUAUUCUUGCGAAAAGAGUUGUUCUACCCCAGAGAGAAGUUCACUCACCCAUAUAUCCUGAAUUUACUGUGUGAGCAGAUUAUGAGAGACACCUACUCAGAUGCCUGCGUGCGAAUUUCACGUGAAGAGCGGCGCAAAAUGAAAGAUUUGCUCGCACGCUUCCACGUCGGAACGAGUAUCAGCGCUAUGCAGGAUGACGCCAUGAAGAAGAGGGUUGUCAUGGCAGCCAGAGACAACUGGGCAAAUUAUUUCACACGUCUCUUCCGUAUGAACGGUGGAAACCGAGGCGAUACUCAGAUUCUUGGUGUUUCACAUCGGGGCAUCAAAAUGCUGAAGAUAGUCAAGGCAUCAGGCAUCAACCCAAAACACCUGAAACUGCUCCGGAGUUACAGCUAUGCAGAAAUGUUGUCUGUGGAGCAGAAGGGUGCUGAGACCGUUGUAAUCAGCCUGAAAAGUGAGGAGCUGCAGCUACGCUCACCACAAGCCCCUCAGAUAACUCACGUGCUGCGUCUCUUCCUCAUCGAGCUGACCAAGGGUUCAGAUUAUGUUAUUGCUCUGAAGAGCUAUGUGACAGAUGACAAGAGCCUGCUUAGCUUCCAGAAAGGUGAUGUCAUCAAAGUGCUGCAAAUGGACAGCCUCCAGGAUGGAUGGAAGUUCGGCUCGACCGGAGGCCGAUCUGGUCUUUUCCCAGCUGAUAUCACUCAGCCUUGUGCACCUCCAGACUACCACAGCAUGUGCAUGGACCGACAGAUUGAGAGGAAAAAAAGCAUGAGGACCUCUCGUACCUCCCUGAUGGCCCCCGGUAGACGCUCGGCCCGCAUCAGCACAAGUGCCGAGUCAGUGGCCAGUGAGCGCAGUGUUGAGGUGUUGUCAGUCCACAGCUCAGAGAUAGAGCCCCAAAAGUACCACAUGACUGAGUUUGCCAGGAAGUACUUCAGAGAGGCUAUACUGAGGCCAAAUGAGAGAGGCCAAGCCAAUGGAGUUAGAGAGCUGGAACAGAUGGUGCAAUACACAGCUGAACCUAUCAAUGAGUCUCUAAUCCUGUUUACAGACAACGAGCUCAGCAUUCUGGGUGUUCAGUCUUUCAUACAUGUGAUGCAGUUCAUGACUGACCAGCCCUUAAGGAAGGACCAGACAGAAGGAAAGUGUGUCGGUUUUAUUCUACAGCUUGGGAUAGAGAAUGAGUUCCUCAGGGAUGAGCUCUACUGCCAGAUCAUCAAACAGACCUCCAACAAUCCACGCAAGGAGAGUUGUGUACGUGGUUGGCUUCUGCUAAAGCUGAUCACUGGCUUCUUCCCCUGCUCCUCGACAAUACUGCCGUAUGUGAUGCACCAUCUACGAAGCUACAGUCAGGACUCCAACCACCCUUACCGAGACAAGUCUCAUACAUGUGAAAAUAAUCUCAAACAUUCACUCACCUACGGAGGACGCAGAUAUAUUCCUUCCCAUGUGGAGAUGGAAGCCAUGUUGGCAGGUCGGACCACUAGGCAGUUGCCAGUAAUGCUCCCAGGCGCAGCGGAGUUCCCAUGCAAAGUCAACAGCUUCAGUGUGGCGAAUGAAGUCAUGACAGACAUUUGCACAGAGAUGGGUGUGAGUAAUCCAGCUGAGGUGAACGAAUUUUCCAUCUUUGCCACCCGUGGACAGGAUGGACAAGUUCGCCCCAUUCACCCAGAUGAGUAUCUGUUUGACUUCCUGCUGGAUGAUGAAUCAAUCUUACUCUCGUUCCAUCGUCUUGUCUGGAGACAUCCCCUGCAUUUUGAGAACGAGCUCUAUGUCGAGUUUCAUUACUAUCUGAUCUUGGCUGAUUAUCUGAGUGGGAAAUUCCUCCUACCUGGUAACACACUUCAGCAGCAGGUGGCAGAGUUGGCUGCACUUCAGCACCUCGCUCAGGGCUUCAAUCACCAACCUACACAGCAAGAGCUCAAGCAGUAUUUUCCCAAUAUGGAUGGAAUCAGAGCCAGUGACCAAAAUCUGUACAGUGCUACACUGAGACACUUUUCUCUCAUUGCAAAUGUCAAGCCUGCUGAAGCUAAAAUACGCUUCAUCGAGACUCUCAGUUUACUACACCUCUUUGGCUCAAAUAUAUUCAUGGCUCAGAAAGUCAGCCACAAAGGUUGUCCAUCACCCUGUGUGGUGGCAGUUAAUCAUGAACGCAUCAGCAUUCUUCACCCCAAGACACAGUUGUCAGCCUUAACAAUUCCAGUGGAACAGGUGAAGUCCUUGAGAUCUGUCAGUCCCAAGAAGGAAAAAGUGGCAGCAGUAGAGAUCAACUUUGGCAACCCACCACAUGUUAACAAAAUCUCUAUUUAUUUGCAACAGGCAAAGGAGCUUUGCCACACCAUUGCUAUAAUCAUGGAGCUAGUGCUAGCAUCUACCAGGAACCACACAUGAACAUUUUAUUAAGCACUACACCAUUCUGCGAAUGGCCUACUCACCAGCAAGCAGCUCAGUGCCUGGAUGAAUGCUGAUGAAGAAUUUGAAGAGUUAUUACUAAUGUUUACUUUUAAAAACUAUUGUGAGAAUAUGCACAACAGUUCAUUUCUCUAUGGAUUACAAUCUGACCCCCUUCCUUGUGAUUAGUUUGAUUUAUUCCUUUUUAUCCUAAAAACGUAGUCACCAACUUGAAAUUGUACUGAAGUCUGAAAUUUCAUUGGACUCAAAUGUUUUAUAUAAAUGUUUGUUUAUUUUUGAUUUUUGAUUAUUCCUUUGUUUUACAGAAGAAUAAUGAAGGCAAGUAUAUAGUCCAUGCAAUAAAUUAUUAAACCAUUAUUAAAACAAAAUUCAAAUA